UAAUUUUCAACGUGAUCAUACAGGAGCAGACAGAAGGGAAUGAUGUCUCUGUGUAGCAAAAAAAGAAAGUUAGAUAAAAAUGUUCAGGAUAAUCUGUAUUUCGACAGUUAUUCUGAUGUUACAAUACACGAGGAAAUGAUUGCUGACCAUGUACGGACAAACACGUAUAGGAUGGCCAUCCUGAGAAACAGCAAUGCAAUCGAAGGUAAAGUUGUCCUGGAUGUCGGUGCAGGCACCGGUGUUCUUAGCAUUUUCUGUGCCCAAGCUGGUGCCAGAAAGGUAUAUGCCGUUGAGGGAAGUUCAAUUGCCGAUCAAGCAGUUAAAAUCGUAAAACUGAAUAAGAUGGAGGACAAGAUCGAUAUCAUUAAAGGCACUCUGGAGGCGAUCGAUCUGCCCGAGCAGGUGGAUGUGAUUGUUAGCGAGUGGAUGGGCUAUGCACUGCUUCACGAGUCCAUGCUGAAUUCCGUCCUUUUCGCUCGAGACAAAUGGUUGAAACCAGGCGGCCUCAUCCUUCCCUGCAAAGCGGAACUGUACCUCGCGCCGAUCAAUGACCUUGUGUCGGAGGACCGCUUGAACUUUUGGAGCACAGUUAAGAAUCAGUACGGUGUCGACAUGUCGUGCAUGACAGACUUUGCUAGGAGGUGCAUCAUGAACAAUGACAUCACAGUAAAUCCGGUGACUGUAGAGGACGUGCUGUCCCAUCCAUCUAAAUUUGCCGAGCUGGACUUGUAUACUGUGACGGUGGAUCAGUUGAAAUCGGUGAAAGGCAUCUUUAGCUGCGACUGUUUCGGCUCGUCUACUGUGAACGCUCUUUGCGUGUGGUUCACGGUAACGUUCCCCGGUGGAGAAAAGCCAUUGAUCCUCUCCACGUCUCCGUUCAAACAGGAAACCCACUGGAAGCAAGCCAUUCUCUAUCUAGACGAACCUGUGGAUGUUGAACAAGACACAAAGGUAGAGGGCGAGAUCCAUAUGUAUCCCUCUGCGGAGAGCUCCAGGCAUAUUUGCAUCCACGUGGACUACUCAAUUGGACAGCUGAAGAUGCAGUCUAAGACAUUUUCCAUCCCCGAUGGUUAUUCAGAAACACAGCCCUAGCCUAAUUACAUUGUUUACAGAUGUUCUCCAGCAUCUGCCUGAUUCCUAGGCUUGUCACUGAACAAAUUAUGCUCGUCCAGUCAACAUUUUUAAUACCAGCCACAACAGCUGGAACUGAAUAGGAAAUAAACUUCUUUUGCUUAAUUGCA